AUGCCAAUGCCUGGACCAGCUUCAACCGGCCGCGGCCUCGAAAUGCCUGAAGGAGACGAGGGGAACAACAUGAACAUGGAGUCGUCACUGGCUGCCACAGUGGAAGCACAGGGCAAGCAGCUGUUAGAGCAACAGCAGCGCAUCCGAGAGCUGGAGAAGCGCUUGGAUAGCCUUGCGGGAAGAGUCGUGGUUGAGGGAGACGACAAUAAUAUCAAUGAACCUGUCCAACUCGACGCUGUCCAUGUCAGCGAGGCACCGAAGGAAAACAACGAGUUCAAUAGUGCUGCCCUUUACGAGUUCGACCAGUCCAUGUGGGAUGCUUCGCUACUGCUCUUCUUCAGAAAAGGUAGCAAUUGGGUGGAGAAGCUGAUCCUGGUGAUCGGAUGUGCCAUCAACUACUUCUUGCAGUUGUCGCUGCUCCUGACAAUCUCAAUGAAUAUGCUGGACACGCCGUACUCACCAGUAACCAUCCAGGAGAUGCUUGCGUGGCGAGUGGAGCAAGCGCAUGCAAACAGUCAAUUCGAUGACGUCCGUGGAAAGAGCCUGUUGACAAGGCUUUGCAAUCAGGAGCUGUGGAGCUAUGAGCAAGAAGAAUACAAGCUGAUGUAUGCCUACCUUUACAAGGAAAUACCAGGUGCUCUUCUGAGCACAUUGGGCAUUAUCAUGUGGGUCUUGACAAUCAUGAGAGAGUAUCGUCGUUCUAUGGAACAGGCUCUUGCGGUGAUACACCUUCCAGCAUUGGAGGAAGGGAAGAAAUCCGAGUUCGAGUGGGACAGAGAAGCCGAAGAAUGGACAGUAGUGGGAAUGAACAGAGUGAAGCGGAUUCUUGCGCUGGUUCUGCUCAGCCUUCCACGGCUCGGAGUCACGGUUUGCUUGGGACUCAUUGGUUGCCAAUAUUUGGCCCAAACAGCGAACCUUGCUGAUAUUGUUUUGAACGCAGUGGCCCUCGCCUUUGUGAUGGAUGUCGACGAGCUGGUCGCCGAUGUCUUGCUCACCGAGCGCUUGAGAUGCAUCCUGCCGAAAAUCAAGCCGCUGUCGUGUGGAGAACGGAAGAGGGGAUACAGGUGCUGCCCAUACAAGGACAUGGUGCGGUACGCCAUCACAGCAGGGCUCGUGGCAUUUGCGCUGGUAUACUGGUUGAUGCCCUUCGAGCAGAAUGUCAGAGGAGCGGCAAUGGCCCUGUGCGGAGGGUAUCAGGAUUUCAGCUACGAGGGUGGGACCGCCGAGUCUCCACCGAUCGUCCUCAAGCCUGCGAGUUGGAGCCAAGACUCCUUCGUGUCUUCCUGCGAUGCGGACGAGGGUGAAACCUUGAACGCUUACCUCUCGCGCUACUAUGAGGGAGCACGAUACAAUGACAGUGUCCACAAUCUUUCUGCAUCCGCUGCGACGGCCGAGUACUACACAAACCUCCAACAACAACACGUACUGCAGUUUGCUUAUGCUCGCUACCAGAGCUUUGGUGGGAUGUUCUCAUCGUGCGCACAGGGUGAAAUUCUUGGACCCCAAGACCCAGACAGUGGGGAAAGGGCGUGCAUUCCAGUUCCUAAGCGCCUGGAAGAAGAAUUGCAAUUGAGGCGUGUUGUGCACGGGCAUUCUCAGCCUCUAGCUCCAGAAGAUUGCGCACGCAUGAACCCAGCCAAUGGCUGUGACGAGUAUCUGGGGGUCCUGCAGGGCACUCAGCCAUCCUGCGUUUGGACGUGGCUGGCAGAGAAAUGUGAUGGCAAUCCUCCAGGCAACGUGAACACGGAAGCCUGUGGGGUUGAUGCGGAUAUUCUCGUUCGGUGUCAAACAUGGCAGUCCGUCUUGGGCAGGACCGACCCAAAAUACAACUGCAACAGAAUCUUGGACUAUUACGACUGGGGCCAGUGUUCCGGGCCGGAUUAUGAUUGUGUGGGUUUCCAAGGGCAAUAUCGUGUUGAGCCGACCAACAUGACUGCCGGUCUUACAAGCGCAUUCAAAAGUGUCCUAAUGUCUCAGAGCGGCUUGACCGAGCAGAAAAUCAGCAUCCACACCGAACAGGCAACUAAUCCGAGAAAGUUGUUGGUGAGAGUCUGCAUGUUCAACCUGCCGGCCGACUACAAGCCGCUCCCGGAUCUGAGAACCAGCAUGGAUUGGCUCUUGAAUUUGAUCCAGCAGCAGCCCAACUACAAUCACGACAGUGGCAUUGUGAGUUUGGAAACGGUGCCGGGCACUAUCUAUUACACGCCCUCUUCUGAGUUGAUGACAAACCAAGUUGAGAUCUGUCAGGGCGGUACAACCUUUGUUCCAGGCCCGGCUGUGGCAUCUGCCAGCAAGCUUGCCAUGGUCGGUGCAGCAGCUGCUGGAACAGUGGCCGGCAUCACGGCAGAUGCCUUCCUGGUGGCUCGGCCCCGGGUGCCAAGGCCCCUGAGUCCAGGACAGCGCUUCGACUGGGCAGCGAUGCGAUUUCUUGAUGCCAUGAGGGCGAUGGCUGGCUUCGACUUGGUCUUGGUUUUCUGGCCAGAGCAUGCCGGAGAAGUUUCGGUUUGGGUCGAACCCAUCUCUGUUGGAGAUGCUGCGCGUCUGGUCGUGGGAAAGAAGACGUCCGCCGAAGAUGCCUCGGUGAUGGGGGCCCUUGACCACAUACCCAGCGGUGUGGAUCAUACUUUCGUAAUGUGGAAAACGAACAAAGGGCAUUUGUUUGUCUCUGAACGGCUUCAUGAUGGCCGCGUUCUGGUGGAAGAUCUUCACCGUGGAACCAUUCUUCCAUUCCUGAAAGGGAGAGCGAUGCCUGUCGAGGAUCUUGCUCAUCGACAUGGUGCUGGCAGUGGCCCGCCAGGUCACGGGAAUGGUGCAGCAGCUGGCGGUGUGUCCCCUGCGGCGGUUGCUGCUGCAAAGGCUCCGGCCGAAGCUGCAAAGCUUAUUUCUGCGGGCAAGCAUCUUGCCCAGACGAAAGCUUCAGGUCUGUUGGUUCAUGAUUUGAGAAGUCUGCUUCGUUGCAUUUAUCCGUCGAGAGCUGCUCAGUGCAGGCGCAGGAUCAGCAGGGUUGACAUCGAUACAUUGCAAACUGGCAUGUGUCAUCUCCGUCGUUUGAUGUUUUUUUCAUGUUCGCCGAUGCUUGCAAUACUUAGGCUUAGACUUAGCAUAGGGUGGAAUCCCCGUGGCCAUGUGGUGCUUUCUAUGGCAAUCGGCCCUGGCAUGGAUGCUUCCCGCAGAGGCAAACAUUCCACCAGAGCCAUGGCGACACCAGAACUUCAGACUCCUGGACAGAAAUUCACGUGA